UGUUGAGGCAAUGACGAUUUAAAACAACAACAACAAUUUCCCCCCCAGAAGAGACCUUAACUAAAAGUCCUACAGCCUGAUCCUAUACAUAAGUUCUUGGAAGUUGGUCCCACUCUAUUAAAUGGGAUGUUCCAGCUUAAACAAUGGAUUGAAGCAUUUACCUGCCAGCAGAUGAAAUGAAGGUGGGGGAGACACCUCAGUCCUAAACUCACAUGGGAACAAGACUAAUUAAUUUCAGGGAUUACUUCCUGAACACUGUUCAUGGAUAAGCUAAAAUGACUGAGGAAAUGCUCUCUCUUCUGCCUGUACCAUCUGUGUUCUUGGCUCUUUGCCUUGCCACAGGGAGUAAGCAGGAAAGGACAACAGCUUCACAAGCCUCCAAUUCAUCUUGUGUGGAUCCAGGCCUCUUCUACGAACAUGCCAUUUGGACCCAGCUAGAGCCUGUUAAUCAUUUGUUUUGCCCUUUGGAUAAUCAGAGCCUUCAGCUCCUUCAAUCUACCUCAGACUUUAACAUCCAGUGGAGCAAAGACUGUCAACUGCUUAACCUCACAGCCUCUGGCCAUUUGCACAGCACACUGCACAACACAACUGCAUACCUCACCUUUGAGCACCCAAAUGCAAAUGAUGCUGGCAACUAUACCUGCACGCUGUACUUGAAUGAUCAGAGAAAUUCCUCCUUCACUGUCCAGCUGGUCAUGGCAGCAGAUCUUUGCAGUGUGCUUCCCAAAUUCAUCUACCCUUCUGGCAAUCUGACUCUGGAGCAUGCUUUGGGGAGCCAGUUAACCUUGAACUGCACUGUACAGCUGCCCAAGUACUGUGAUUUUGCCUUUCACUGGAUGAAAGAUGGCCAGUGGUUGGACAACAAGACCCACUCUGCUUCCACUCAUUGGUCCAAUGACAAUGAAACAGAGAUAUUCGUCUCCCACACCUUGGAUGUGAAUGUGACUACAAAUGAAGACUAUGGAGUUUAUGCCUGCUUGGUUAGAAACAGCACAGCAGUCUUCACACUGCAAAAAUCAGCAGAUACUGCUGGGCACUUGGGGGCCGUGUUGGCUGCACUUGGCAUCCUGCUGCUGCUGUUGCUGCUGGCCGUGAUGUAUGUGAAAUUCCGCCUGAAUGUUUUGCUCUGGUACCGGAACCAUUAUGGAGAGCUAGAGAUCAAUGAUGGAAAGCUCUACGAUGCCUAUGUGUCUUAUGCUAAUUCAGUGGACGACAGGAAGUUUGUUAACUUCAUAGUCAAGCCACAACUGGAGAAUCGUCAUGGCUACAAGCUCUUUCUGGAUGAUAAAGACAUCCUGCCCAAUUCAGAACCUUCUGCAGAUUUGAUCAUGAAUGUCAGCCGGUGUCGGCGCCUCAUUGUGGUUCUCUCUAAUGCAUAUCUGGAACAGGAGUGGUGCAACAAUAAUUUCAGGGAAGGUCUCUGGAGGCUGCUAGAACUGUCCCGGAGACCUGUCUUCAUUGCCUUUGAGAGCCAGUACCGGGAGAUAGCACAUCCAGCCAUUAAUUUGCUGAAGCAACACAAGAAUGCUGUUACCCUGUUGAUGUGGCGUGCUAGUUCCAUGGUGCCUUCAUCGGAUUUCUGGAAGGAACUGUGCCUCACCCUGCCACGGAAAGUGUCCUAUCAAGGCCUCAGGGGAGACCCCCAAACCCACCUUCAGGAAGACAAGGACCCCAUGCUGAUCCUUCACAGCAGCUACUUGGAUUUCCGAGGGGAAUCCCGCUCUGAAGGAGAUGCUGGUGUCCGAGGGCCCAUUUUCAAAGGCCCACCACCACCUCGAAUGAGUGGCCCUGAUGGACCACCACUUGGUGUAAUAGAAAAAGUGCAACUCGGAGAAAACCAAAAGAAUGAGAUAGAUAUUUCAGAUCUGGGAUCUCGCAACUAUGGAGCAAGGACAGAUUUCUACUGCCUGGUGACGGAAGAUGACAUAUAAAAGAUGCUGGGAUUAUUCCUUUGAGACUGACAAUUCUCAUUAGCAUGAUGUUCCUUGACAAGGAUAAUCUGCUUGGCUAGUUUAUUUAAUCCAAAAAACUUUCAGCACUGUGAUUGUUGCAGGGAAUUUCAGCCAAUCCCAGGGAAAGCUGGCUGUUUUACAGACCGUAGUGCCUUCCAGUUAACAUUUUAUAUUGUGAAUAUCUUUAGUCUGUAAAACUGUUCAUGAUCAAGGGGAGUUCUAGUGAAGGUGGCUUGUCUUGAAUGACAGUAUGGAAGGUUUUCAGAUGUUUCUGGUGCACUCGAUCUUCAUACUGGGACUUAAGCCCACCAACAAAGUUGGUGGAUUAUCAGUUAUGGCUAGCAUCUCUGGAGAGGCCCUACAGUUAAAGAAAUGUCUGCUGGUCACUGGCCAGUAUUGAGGCCUGAGCAUUCUGAGAUACUGAUUUUUGCUGAAAAUGUGCUAGCAAGCAAUACCAGUGGAGGCUACAUCAUAGAGAGAAUUCACUGGGAUGGCAGUUUGGUUUCCUAAUUUAAAAAAACAAUGACAGUUAGUUUGCUUGUGCAGCCAGCUUUUUCUGAGUACGCAUAGCAGCCUUACAGCCUGAUCCGAACCUUGUUGGCUUGGAAGUUAGUCCAUAGCUUUCAGCUGGAUUUGCUUCCAAGUAGGUAAGCUUGGGAUUGCAGCCUUAGCCAGUCACUGUUGGCACUGGGUGGAGACCAGCAUCCAGGAUGGAAGAGAGGGACUGGAGUGCCGAUGGGAGGAAAGCAUUGCUUUUUGAACAGAGGGUCUUGGAGAAGAGAUGACACACAGUCUCUGAUGAUGGUGCCGGGGUCAAGUGUUACUUUCCCUCCCAGCUGGUGUCAUAGCAAAAGUGUCCCCUGCAAGUGUUGGCUGCAUGUCUACCACCUAGCUUGCUCUCUUCAGGCAAGGUCUUGUCCUGAAAGGUCUUGCUUGCAUCACUGCAAUAGUAGCAUUUCAAUAGAUCUUUUACGGGGGCAGUUUUUAACUGCUGCUGUUUGCUGACUAAGCAGUUCACACGACAGCUUGUUCUUGAAUGUUAAGAAAUUGGAAUGCAAAUAAAAAGUUGCAAUUUUACGCUA